GCUGCUGAUUACACUAAACUUCCGCACCACGUGGCACUGCUUUACUACGCAUGCCCGUAUCACUCAAACUGCCACAUCAGCCGUAGCUAGUUUCUUCUGUUAGAGUGGUUAACGUACUGCCUGUUCCCUGCCACGUUUCCACAAUACGGUCAACAGCGAUUAGAUUAGGAGACGAGAAUCCGAGUUAUCAGUUCUGCUUAAGCGAAAAGGUGGUGUCCGUUCAGUUAGUUUCUUUGUCUGUGAAACGAAGGAAUUUGAGUCAGGCACUGAGAUAGGCAGCCGUAGCGGGGGUCCUUACUCUGGUCGAAAGGAACGAGGCCCUCUCUUUACCUGGUGAGAAGGCGGCGGCGAGCAUCCUUGUGGGCUGUGGCCGUUUGGUGUCUCGAGCGCGAGAGACGGACUGAUAACGUUUGCCAUGCCAGGCCCGAAUCCCAGCGGUACUAGUGUGGGCGCCUCCAGCCGCUCCCCCAGCAAAGCGGUUGCCCCGCGAGCCGCAGGGUCUACCGUACGGCAGAGGAAGAAUGCUAGCUGUGGAACUAGGAGCGCAGGUCGUACAACUUCUGCAGGCACUGGAGGGAUGUGGAGAUUCUAUACAGAGGAUUCUCCUGGCCUCAAAGUCGGUCCUGUUCCCGUUCUCGUUAUGAGUCUUCUCUUUAUUGCAUCUGUAUUCAUGUUGCACAUCUGGGGCAAAUAUACUCGGUCAUAGAGCUCACUAUAUCCCAUCUGCCAACUUGAAAACUACAUUUUGGACCAAACAUAUGGUAGCAUUCAAAUUUUACUUGAGGAGAAGUAAAAUUUGGGCUGUUCUUCUAGAUGGAAUUAUUGAAGAUUCUUUCCUUAAUUGGUUCUGCUGUUGAAUGGACUCUUAAACUUUCUGUUAAGUAGGGUUUUUGAUUCCUUUCUUUCAAUGUUCAUUGUUGUUUCAUCUGUAUGCUUCAAACUGCAACUUAUUUCAUUAAAAUUUGUCUAUAUAAA